GAUUUGGAGCUAAAAUAACCGCUAAGUCCACUCAGCAACAUGUUUACAGGUCAGGUUAGCAGACACACACACAGAGACAGACUGAGGCAUCGUUGCAUCUCUCAGGAGUGUGUGCACGAGCUUUGGAGUGGAUCGUAUUCUUUGUUUCCAUGCCGUCCCCCAGGAUAGUGUGAGUCGGUUGUCUAUGGUGGACUGGAGGCGGAGAGAAAGCCAACACUUCUGAGCACUGCGAGAAUGCCUGUGCAUCAGAUAUCGGUUGUGCCUAUCGCCAAGGAGACCGCCAGCAGUAAUCGUAGCUCUAGCAAGACGAGAGACAAGAGUAAAAAGAAUAAGGGUGAGAAGACACUUGGGCAGUCAGGAAGUAGAUCCAGCAAUAUAUCUAAGGCGAGUAGUUCCACCCAAGGUGCCGUGCUGAACAGUGUCUCUCAAACGUCAGUUACACCCUCCUCUCAGGAAAUAUGCAGCUCUAGUGGUCACACUAAACUUGACAUAGAUGGCUCAGAUCAGACUACACUCGUCAUGCCCAUAAACACCACCUCCGACUCCGCCCCCAAUGCAAAGCGGCAAGUGAAACGUCGCAUCCGACGACGACGGGAGAGCAGUGGGACCGUGGCAGUUAGGUGUGUCACAGAGUGUGUGGACCAACCGAGAAAUUCACGGUCUCAUAAACAGGUGCACAAACACUUAGACUCAUCCUCAGAAGAUGAGGAGCGCUGGAGAGAAACUCGCUCCUGGAGCCGUGAAAAAGCAAGACGGAGACGCAGCAGCAGUCGACACAUGCAAGCGCAUGCCUCUGAGACACGAGACGGCAUUGAGCUAAUGUCUGUCAACUCAGACGAGGGACAGAAAGAGAACCAGCCACCAAACUGCAAGGAACCCAAUGGCAAGGCCCACAAAAAGUUGUCGCCAAAACGAGAGGAGCAUGGGAGCCAAAGCCAGGCAGCCAAUCACAGGAAAGGGAGUGAGCACGGAAAUAGUAGGUGUGGAAGUGAGGAGGAGGAGCCUUUUACGAAGACGUAUGAGGAACGAAGCUCAGCAGACCCAGAUAUGGCCAUCCCAUCUCCUUAUAAAUCCACAAUAGCCACCAAUCAGAAUGGCGCCACUCCACAAGAAUGCACUGAUGAUGAACUAGAGGUGUGCAGGAUCUGUCACUGUGAAGGUGACGAGGAAUGCCCCCUCAUCACUCCAUGUCACUGUACAGGGAGUUUGCGUUUUGUGCACCAGUCAUGUUUGCAUCAGUGGAUCAAGAGCUCGGAUACACGCUGCUGUGAGCUGUGCAAAUAUGACUUCAUCAUGGAAACACAUCUCAAACCUCUGCGCAAGUGGGAGAAGCUACAGAUGACUAAAAGUGAGCGGCGGAAGAUCUUCUGCUCUGUGUCCUUUCACCUGGCGGCUGUAGUGUGUGCCAUCUGGUCUCUCUAUGUUCUGAUUGACCGCACAGCUGAAGAGAUCCGCCACAGCAAGAACAAUGCGUUGCAGCGUUUGUCCCCUCUCAAUGCCGUAGGGGUGCUGGAGUGGUCGUUCUGGACCAAGCUCAUUGUGGUGGCUGCUGGCUUUGUUGGAGGACUCAUCUUCAUGUUCAUUCAGUGCAAAGUCUACCUGCAGCUCUGGAGGAGGCUAAAGGCUUUCAACAGGAUCAUCUUUGUACAGAACUGCCCUGACACCGCCCGCAACGGAGAUGGCAGGCCACCCCUCGUCUCCCAGAGUAACGGCAAUCAUGAGGCAGUGGAGGUUCCUGCACCUCAGACGCAAACAAACACUUUCUGUCCUAUGCCCACAGGAAGUGUGGAAGUGGCCCCUGUUUGACAAUGGGCAGGAAAGGCAUGGCUACAUCCUGUCUUUGCUCAAAACUGGGCAUGAUGAAUGG